AGAAGCGAAAGCUGGGGUUUGCACAUGCCUCGGCCGGAUUGGUAGCUGCGCUUCACAUGCGACAUGCCUGCUCUCUUCUCCGCGAUUGACGACAAUCGCAAAAUGUUCAACAUCCCCGGUUUGUACAAUUUUGUAGGUACCUCUACCCCAACGUCACCAUAACUAUGCGUCUAACAGAUGACCAAGUUUGUGGACUAAAUCUCUUCUUGACACUUUCCCGGCGACCACUGCAUUAGCACAAGGGAGAACAUACAGUGAUGAAGACAGGGCGAUGAAGAUGUAAAGGGCAACACCACUCAAAUCGCAUCUAGAAAGAAAAGACAUUGGAGGAUAUAUUGGCCUAGGGAGGCCACGGUAGAGCAGGAUGGCUUCACAAUCUACCUUGCGCCAUUCCGCGGAUCCUCUUGCCACCAUUCUGAAGCGGUACUCCGAUCUCAUCCGCCUACGCCUCAAGAACACAUCGAGAACGAAGAAACUACUCAGCACACUCUUCCUGACACUCUCCCUCAUUGCAGGGGGUGCUGGCGUAAGAAGCUGGUGGAAGAAGCGUACAGCGGAAAAGGAACAAGGGAGACGGCUGCUGAGACGAAAUUCCGGAUUGCGUAAUAAAGAUGGCUCUCGGGUUAUUUUUGUCCCAUACAAGGACUCCACCUCGAAGGUUACGAUUCAUCCCACCAAGAAUACUACUUUCGAUGCUCAUCGAAGGUUGUUUUUAAAUCCACCUAGAGCCUCGGGUCUUGCGAGCGGAAAUACCCCUCAAACACCCCCACCACAUACGAAACCAGGCUUGAACCUCGCAUUCUUACAUCAAUUCCUCAGUUUACUAAGUAUCAUGAUCCCAAGGUGGUCGAGUAAGGAGACUGGGUUGUUAUUAAGUCAUGGGGUGUUCUUGAUGCUACGGACAUAUCUAUCUCUUGUGGUUGCCAGAUUAGACGGAGAAAUUGUUCGAGAUUUAGUCGCGGGCAAUGGGAGAUCUUUCAUUUGGGGAAUCAUCAAGGUGAGCUAUUUAGUCCGAAGUCACAUACCGUGCUCAUGUCAGCCGAACUUCUACGCUCGGCUUCUAUCUCAAUUUGCCUUCAUGAUUCAAUUUCCAAUAAUUACCCCGCGCUAACUUGAAUAGUGGUGUGGAAUUGGCAGCUUUGCCUCUUACACAAACGCGAUGAUCAAAUUCCUACAAUCCAAAGUCUCAAUUGCUUUCCGGACGCGUCUCACCAGAUACAUUCACGAUUUGUAUCUCAAUGACAACCUGAAUUAUUACAAGCUAACCAAUAUGGAUGGAGGCAUUGGCGGAGCGGACCAGUUCAUUACUCAGGAUCUUACACACUUCUGUGCUUCAGCAGCGGGGUUGUAUUCGUCAUUAGGGAAACCUUUCGUAGAUCUUGUGGUUUUCAACUACCAACUUUAUCGGUCUCUGGGUCCUCUGGCCUUCGCUGGAUUACUGAGCAAUUACAUUCUCACGGCCACUCUUCUACGAAGGCUGUCUCCGCCAUUUGGUAAACUAAAGGCAGUAGAAGGCCGAAAAGAGGGUGACUUCAGAGCUUUGCAUUCUCGUCUGAUUGCCAAUGCUGAGGAAGUUGCUUUCUACGGUGGAGCAAGUAUGGAGAAAACAUUCCUCGACAAAGAGUUCAAGAGCUUGAAGAAAUGGAUGGAGGGUAUCUAUACCCUGAAAAUCCGAUACAACAUUCUCGAAGACUUCAUCUUGAAAUAUAGUUGGAGUGCAUACGGCUAUUUGCUUAGUUCCCUCCCAGUAUUCUUACCGGCCUGGGGCGGUCUUGGAGGAAUCAACGAACUGGCUGGUGCCUCUGUGUCUGGCGGUAGAGAGAGAGGUCGAAUGAAGGAAUUCAUCACCAACAAGCGACUCAUGCUUUCGUUAGCUGAUGCCGGAGGACGGAUGAUGUAUUCGAUCAAAGAUCUUUCUGAAUUGGCUGGCUAUACAAGUCGAGUCUACACGCUCAUUUCCACACUUCAUCGAGUACACACGAAUGCUUACUUUCCACCACAAGGCACGCACACGGAACUGUUUUCUCUUUCCGAUGUCCAAGGGACGAUUCAAAAGGGAUUCGAUGGUGUUCGUUUGGAGAACGUGCCUAUCGUAGCUCCAUCUAUCUUCCCUCGUGGUGGGGAAGAACUUGUUGAGUCGCUUUCCCUAAUUGUCCACCCUGGGGAACACCUUCUUGUAUGUAUAUUCUUUCUUCUCAUUUGACACUCGGUUCUGACAAGAUCUAGAUAUCCGGACCUAAUGGAGCUGGUAAGAGUGCCGUGGCACGUAUAGUUGCAGGUCUCUGGCCCGUAUAUCGCGGUCUUGUCUCUCGACCAAGAAGCAUUGGGACGGAUGGAAUCAUGUUCCUCCCUCAACGACCAUAUCUCAGCGUUGGCACUCUUCGUGAUCAAGUCAUCUACCCAGAUGGCGAGAUUGAAAUGCAUAACAAGAGCCGUCGAGACUUCGAACUCAUACACAUCCUUGAAGAGGCGAGACUUGGAUACCUCCCCGACCGUGAGGGCGGCUGGGACACCAGAAAGGAAUGGAAGGAUGUCCUGUCUGGUGGCGAGAAACAGAGGAUGGGUAUUGCUAGACUUCUGUACCAUGAACCCAGAUACGCAUUUAUUGAUGAGGGGACUAGUGCUGUGAGUAGCGAUGUUGAGGGACUGUUGUAUGAGAGAUGUAAGGAGAAGGGGAUCACUCUUAUCACGAUCAGUACUCGAGCUAGUCUUAAGCGGUAUCACACUUUUAAUCUUACACUUGGCAUGGGCGAGGAGGGGACGGAGUGGGAGUGGGAACGAAUCGGGACGGUGGAGGAGAAGAUGGGUGUGGAAAGGGAGUUGGUGGAGCUGAGGGAGAGGCUUGCAUUGGUGAAGGAAUGGGAGGAGAGGCGAGGGGAGAUUGAGGCGGAGCUGAAUAGGGUUUGGGUUGAGGGCGGAAGUGAGCUGAAUAGUCCGGCUUUUGUGGAUGCUGUUGAGAGUGUUGAUGGGUGA